AUGGAUAAUUUUCGUUUUUUAAAUGGUUUUUCUCGAAUAUAUAAAUCGCGUUUGAUUAUAUAUUCCAUUAUUAUCAUCAUUUAUUUAAAAUUUUCUUUCUUUAUCAUUAAUGAAAACAAGAAUGAAGAAAGGUUUUUUAAAAAUUAUAACCCCAAAACUGUCAAUUAUAAUCAAGAUGCGAUCAAAAAAUAUAAUCCAAAAUUUAACAAUUUCAACCGAAAUGUGAUCAAAGAACGUGCUUCUACUCCUUUAAUACUUAGUAUAAAUAAAUUUGAUAUAAAUGAUCCAAAUUCUGUUUCAUUAAUUCAGCUUCAAAUUGGAUCAAAUCCAUCCCAAAAAGUUAAUUUAAUACCUGAUAUCUCCUCUAAUGAUAUCGGUUUAUGUAAUCCGUUAAGUGAAAGUUGUAAUAGUAGAAAAAAUAUAUUUAUCUCAGACAAUUCAACAUCCUUUAAAGGAACUUAUAAACCAAGAUCAAUAAAUUAUUUAGACGGAUCUAGUGUUAGCGGAUUUACUGGCAAUGACUUCAUUACAUUUAAUGAUUUUACGUUUAAAGACAAAUUUUCACUCAUACUAUUUGAUAAAAUAAAUGGUGCUCUUCAAUCACAAAGUGCAGUUGAAGGAGUAAUGGGACUCGGGUUUGGUUCUCAG